AUGUCCUACUAUGACAUUGAUUCCAUCCUGACAGAUGCGCAGAAAUUACCGUGCACAUUCGAGCUAGAAGUCCCCGGACUGGGUGUUCUCGAAGGCAAUGCGGGUGAAGAUAUCAAAGCCGGGACACGUAUCGAUCUCCCACUAUGGCUGGGUGAAAUGCUUUCUAUCGCGGCUCGCAUAGGGACUUCUCGUCUUGUGACGCUUGAUAUGCCCGAUGCACUCUCAGAACGAGUAAUGAAUGCGCUGAAAGCUGAUCCCCGGACUGUAGAUCUGCGCGCAUUGGCACCGCAUUUCUACCACCUCAGCGAGCGGAUUCUGGAAUUAUUCGAAGAGGAAGAGAUGGUUGACGUGUUAACUAAUACAUUCAAACGACGAGCGGCUGAGAUAGCGGACCACGCUCAUAACCCGCGUGGUGCAGUUGGAGGUGGUGUUGAAUUUCUUCGGGGAUUGGACGAAGCAGAGCGACAAUUGUUCCGGGCAGCUCAUGACCGAGCGAAGGAGAUGCGGAUCUGGGCUGGAGAAGCAAAGAGGAAGUGA